UUGAGGCAUCCUGUUGAUUGUGCAACGGUUUAUACGCCCACGGCGCUAUCACUGGUUAUGUGCAAUAUAUUCUUCAAAGAUGCGCAAAGGGAACUUCAAAUUCAAACAAAAUAAUGAUCUUCUUUGUUAGACAGGGGAAUGGCAUCGGCGCUAGAGGACCCCUCUCCCCUGACGGCUCGGGAGUUGGGAGCAGGGAGAAGUUUGAGCGCCUUUCUGCUGCCGGGAGAGGGACGAGUGCUCCGGGCGAGACUGGCAACGGCACAACAUGUUGAGUGAACUGAAACAAAGGAGGAAAGCCGCGGCGGGCAACAAACAGGGCGACUCGGUCAGGGAACAGAAUGUGAAAGGGAAGACGUCGGAGGAGCCGGGGAAGAAGGCGAAGCCGGAGCCCGAAACCCAGGCUGGGCCGGGCGGGGAAGGCAGCCGGAGGAAAGACUUGAGGAGCGCCCUGUGUCUGCUCUCGCUGUUCGCCAGCGCGGCGCUCGCAGGGGUUAUAUUUCAGCAGUCAGCAAACUUUGCUGAUCUGGAGCAGAAGUACCAGCAACUCUACACAAAAUCUCUAGCUGCCCAGGCCUUAGAAGACAAAGUUAGCAAAGUUUCAAAAAAGUGUGAAAGUGCACAAGAAAUUGUGGACAAACUUAAAGACCAUUCACUGCUAAAUCAAGUUGAAAAUCUGCAGAUGGAAAUUACGAAAAUGAAGAUUUGGUCAGCCACCAUCACUGAGAAGAGAAAUGAGUUGGAUGAAAAAUUAGCUUCUCUUUCUGAUACCAUUGAAAGGAUAGAAAAAAGUACAGUUCAAAUAUCAAAUGAUGUCACCACAAAACUUUCAGGUGUCAGAACUGAUAUUCGGCGGAUAUCUGGUCUGGAUUCAGAUAUUAGUUUACUGAAAGAUUCUUUGCAUGAAUUGGAAAGCAAAGUGACAAGUGUGGAGAAGACAGCCAUCCACAAUAUAGGGGACUUAAUUGCAACCAGCGUUGAAAGAGUCACACAACUGAAGAAUUUGGUGUCUGGAAAUACAGACAAAAUCGGGUUUCUGCAGAAGAAGUUGACUGAAUUAAAGGCUGAAGAUGAUAAACUUUCUGACAGGCUUUUUAGUUUGGAAAAUAGUCGAGCUAAACUUCUUAAAGCAAUCAUGUUUGCCAAUGAUCUGAAACCUAAAGUUUUCAAUUUAAAAAAGGAUUUCUCUCUCCUAGAGCCACAAGUGACUGAUCUCAUUGGAAGGAUUGGUCAAAUUUCUUCCGACUUGCAGAAAAGAAAUGAAGACAUUGCCAACUUGAGAAAAGAAAUAGCUAACUGCACUGUAAAUUUAAAUGAAAAUCAGAGAGCAAAAGAUCGACGAAGUCAGGUUACUGCUAUGGGUCAAUGAUUGUAUAUUUUUUACACCAGGAGGCAAAGCUACAGAAUUACUUGAACUUGCCAGUAAUUUGUAUUCUUGUCAAAGCUUUUUGUUAUUCUUUUAUUACUGAAAAAAUGUUAUGCUGAUAUCUGGCAAUGACUUGGUUCAUUUUCUACUAUGUUAACGUACAGUGAUGAAAAUCUCAAAGCAAUUAGUGUGUGACAUUCCUUCAGAAAGCUACAAACAUUUAGUAUUCAUGUGGAUACAUUUUUCUGAAUAAAUUAUGUUUCUUUAAAAUAUAUUGUUUUACAUUAUACAAUCAUUUCAUUUGUCUUAGAUUAUUAUCGUGUUGUGAUUACUUAAACAUUUUAGCAGGUAUGUUUUGACAUUUGUUUUGGAAGUUACACAUCUGCAAUGACAUAAUAAACCAUGGCCCUAAAACUAAACUAUGAGGUGCUAGCACAAAAAAUUCUCAAUAUUCCUGAAUUUCUCUUUCUGCUAUUCUAGCGGAAGUGUUAAGUUGUUUCAUGCUUGUUAACAUCACCACUAAAACUGCAGUGAGAAAAUAUGGACAGAUGAGUUUGAUGCCUCUGUGCUUGGUACUUCAUAGAAUAGUUUCUGCACCCAGAGUUGCUGAUGAUUGAGCCUUAACUUUUUACAGUAGUUGGAUUUUUACCGUCCUUCAUCAUUUAAUUCAAUAGGAUGUAUGCAAGCAUGGUUGUUCAUACAGUCUUCAACUUGCUGUGGUGGCAAAAUGCCCAAAAUUAUUUUAUUUCUUCAGCAUGAUAUGGCUAAGUGCAGGAUCUCAGCAGGAGAAGAACUGUAAAUAUAAAAAACAGACGCAUGCCCUAUUGCACACUCCUGGUUAAUAUUGAUCUGUACUGCCUUGUGUUCUUUGACAAAUGGUGGCACGGGGAUUGCCCUUACAAUGGUUUAAAAAGAUAAAUACAAUAAUGUCAUCUAGUAUAUACUUGUUUAUGUGUAGCACCUAAAAUUGCUAUAUUCAAUCUAACGUUUAAGUACUUAAUCCUGAAAAAGUAUCUUUUUAAUGCAUGUGAUUUAAUGUAA